AUGCGAAACGCGGGCGGCGCGCUUCGAAGCUUCGCGCGCGCGGCGCGAUGGGUCCACGCGCGCGAGCCCGGGCUCGCGCUCGACGGCUGCGUCGCGCGACUGUCCGACCCGGCGGCGUCGUCGUCGAACGCCACGAUCGCGAACGCACCGACGCGCGUCGCGCCGUCGUGGGCGCUCGCGGCGCGUCGCAACCACCGCAACGUCGCGGGUGACGCCGCCGGGCGUCGUUCGCGCGAUGACGCGGCGCCGAUGACGCGGGUGACGCGGCGGGGGAUGGCGAAGGAAACGCCGAGGGCGUCGGGGGUCCCCAAGGGACACACCUUGUCCUCGGAGUUCAACAACGCCCGUUCGCAGGGGCUUCGCGCGUUCCUCCUCUCCCCGGGGGUCAUCGCGGACCCGUACCGCGGUCCCAGGCCGUGGCCGUCGCUGUCGUCCUUCCUCGGCACGUCCGGAUGGAAGGCGCUGGUGCGCAUGAUCUCCAGGCCCGUGCACGACGUCCUCACGCUGGGCCAGUGCCAGCAAAUCAAGGGAUUCACCCGAGACAACUUCAAGGCGGAGGCUGGACAGCUGUACAGGCAGAUCAGCCAGCUCAUCGCGGAGAACCACGUCACGUCCUUGCGCCACCUGGUCACCGAGAAGGCGCUGACGGACAUCAAGCGCGAGGCGAAGACGCGAGAGAAGGCGGGGUGGGGGAAGAUCGUCUGGGAGAUUCGGGAUUUGGAGAAACCCGUCACGCUGCAGGGCCGGAUGAUAUUCCCGAACCCGCAGGACAAGCAGAUGGCGUUCGCGCAGAUGACGGUGGGGUUUCGAAGUCAUCAGAGGUACGCGGCGUACGACGCAAAGGGAAGGCUCGUCGCGGGAGACCCGAACGGGUUCCUCCCGGUGGAGGACGUGUGGGUGUUGGAACACGCGUUUAAGCUUCCAAACGCUCGGUGGAGGCUCGCGGCGAGGUUACCGGCGUUAGCGCCGGGGGAGAAGGCGCCGCGGGACGCGGACGACGCUCCGCUGGUCAGCGGGUGGAUGUGA